UCUGUCGAUCACCUUAACAUUGCUCGUCCUGCUUUCAUCAGGCUGUCGCUGCGUUUGCUUGCUCCACAUCAUACUGCUCGUAGCAACACAGACUCGCAGGUAACUUUUAUACUUCUACAUACUCUCUGGUCAUCUCUAUAGCGCAAUGGGCAAUUGUGGGUCCGCAGAAGAUGCUAAUUCGCCGGGAGCGAUGCUGAGCAAGGAUCUGGACAGGGCUAUCAGAGAGGACGAGAAGAGGCAGACGAAGGAGGUCAAGCUGCUGUUACUUGGCGCCGGGGAGUCCGGAAAGUCCACAAUUUUGAAGUCGAUGCGCUUGAUACACAAUAUACCCUUCACCAGCGCUGAGCGGGAAAUCUACCGGCGGCUAGUCUUUAUGAAUAUUGUAAAUGGUAUUCGGUCAUUACUAGAGGCAAUGGAGGAAUGGGGGGAGCCAUUGGGGUCACAAGAGAACGCAUCCUACUUGCCCCUCUUUAUCAGCUUCCCAGACAUCGCCCAAGGGGAGCCUUACCCGCGGGAAUACUACGAGGCUCUUCUUGCUCUUUGGAACGAUACCGGCGUCCAAGCGGCUCAUCGGAGGGCGCACGAAAUUGCACUACCAGAGAAUCUUCCAUAUUACUUUGCAAGUCUGGACAGACUGUGGCAGCCACAGUACGAGCCGAGCGAUGCAGAUCUUCUGAGAUGCAGAAACAAGACGACUGGUAUCAUAGAGACAGUCUUCCCUCUGGACGGCAAGACUUACAGGAUAUUCGACGUGGGCGGACAGAGAAGCGAACGAAAAAAGUGGAUCCACUGCUUCGAGAAUGUGACCGCGGUGCUGUUCAUUGUGGCGCUCAGCGGUUAUGAUUCCUGUCUGGUGGAGGACCAGGAAUCUAAUCAGAUGCAGGAAGCGCUGAUGCUCUUCGAGAGUAUUGCCAAUUCCAAGUGGUUCGUGCGUACAUCGAUGAUCGUCUUUCUCAACAAAGUCGACCUUUUCAAGGAGAAGAUCAAGUACUCUUCGAUAAAAGAGUACUUCCCAGAUUUCCCCGACGAAGAGGAUGAUCGCGACGUUGAGGCGGCUCAGCAAUACUUCAAGAGGCGCUUCUUGAAGUGCAACAGGAGUAAGAGCAAAGAGGUCUACCCCAACUUUACAAAUGCCACGGAUCCGGGGCUGCUCAGGGUGGUCAUGGCCAGUGUGACAGACAUCAUUCUGACAUCAAGUCUCAGGGACAACAUGCUGUAGUCUCCGCCAAAUGAUGACAACUUCGUGCUCAUCAAGGUGACAGGGCAACGUCGGCACCGUCACGUCCCUGUCCCGCUGCAUGAGG